AUGAAUUUCAAUAACAAUAACAAUUCAACGACUACUCCUCUGGGUUCAUCAUUGCUUCAUGUAGCUUCUACAAGUUUGUUUCACCCUAGCAGCAGCAACAAGAACAACACUAUUAGCACUAACCAGAUUGUUAAUCAAAACAGCAACGUUUAUCAUUCGACCAUGAACCCUUCUCUUUUCUCGUCCUCUCCGUCUCAUGCACCUCCUCCUCCUCAUCAUCAUCAUAUUAUUUCAAAUACUCAUGGAGGAAUGAUGAAUAAUACAUCGACCAAUAGCCAUCAUCAUCAUCACCAUUCCAUCAACACUAGCAGCAACAACAACAACAACAACAACCUUGCAACCUCCACUCCUAACCCCACCACUCCGUAUGGAUCACAAGUAGGUCAAUCCGGCUUUAAUUUUCAAUCACAAACAACCUCACCAUUCUUGCAUGCAUCAUCAUCAACGCCAAUUCCAACUGGGCCAAACAACCUGUUUCAAUUUUCUUCGGGCAGUCAUGCAUUGAGAUCUCAACCUUCGAACACGAUGAGUUUUCAAACGCACUCAAAUCAUCCAACCACAACUUCAAGACUUUUGCAAGAAUCGAGUUCUUCUCAAGAUGAUUUGUUCUCGGUGGACAAGUUCUUUAGACAUUCAACUGUGGAUCGAACCACAACGCCAAUUCCAACAUUUCAACAACAACAAAUUUCAACAAAUUCUGCUGCUUCCAGACCAACAACAAUGGCAAGUUCGGGAGGACCACCAAUGAACCCUAGCAACCACAACAACAACUUUUCGCCACCUCUUUCUUCUCAGUGGUCUCACAAUUAUGUUGCAUCGUCAACAACAUCUCCACGGCAGCCAACAAAUCAAACAUCGGACAUGAUGAACCAUCAUGGCAUGAUCAUGGAUCAUCAGAGAAGAACAAUGACCAGCAAUUCUCAACUCGUGAACAAUUCUCUUCUUCUUCCUUCACAGCCACAUGCAUCACAACCAUCACAGCAGUUAUCUUCUCACAACCUUUCUGUUGUAAAUGAAGAAAAAUCUCAGAUUGGCGCCAAUAAGAAGAGCAAAAAGAAGAAUAACCAAACCUCAAGCAAUCUCGAAAUUGGGCAACAACCUUCUCAAGAAAUUCAUGAGCCAACAUCGACUACAAUGCCCAAUCCAUCUGCAAAACCAAAGAAACAAGUCGCCAAAGAGAGUAGUACUACUAGCAAAACUGUCUCAUCUGUGAACAAUCAAGGAAGUAUUAAGGUCACUAGAAAUAUCAGUGCUGAACGUGUUGAAAAUCCAACAGAACCUGUCGAGUUUCCAAUUGAUGGAGUUCUCUAUGCCUACAAUGUGGCAGAUUGGACAGAUAAGAAUAGUUUUUAUGACAAGAUUGCUUACUCGUUUGGAACUCCAUCGACUCAGAAAAAAGUGCAUUGUGCUUAUUUGAAUUGUAAAGUUAUGCAUUACGAAAGAACAUGCCAGGGAGUCUAUUAUUGCCCUCAUACCGAUGGUGACGACUCAGACCAUUGUAUUGUAAGACCAUGUAGACUUCGAUUUCACACCUGUCAAAAGCAUAACAAUACUACUCUCACAAAGAGUGGCAAAUGUCCCUUCAAGUUACACUUUUAUGUGCCGCUCGAAAAGGAUGACAAUCGAAGAUUAUUGCUCUGUAUCGGUACUCACAACCAUCCACUUCUAUGUGAAUCUGAUGCAGCUGCCAUGAAUUCUGGUAUCACUAUGGGAGAAAAGAAAUCAAAGAUCAACAAUGUCGCUUCGAGUGGUAGUAGCACUGUGAUGAUGCCAUCCACACAGGACGGCUCUAGUACUUCUCAACGAAAAGUAGCACCUAAAAGAACUCGAAAGGAAAAACAACCUCAAACAAAUUCUUCUAAUACUGCUCAUGCUUCUACGACUCAUCAAAAUUAUCCACAACCAACUCAGAAUACUCCUACGCAAGGAAUGACAAUGUCACAACCAAGUGGAUACUCUUCUGUGAGUGGCAACACUAGUGGUCAGCAACCUUAUUAUUCGAGCUCAACAGCGAAUUUAAUGGAAGAACAAACUUCUCUUAAUGGUUCCAAUACACCGACGACGAAUCAUGCUUCUCAUCAUCACCCUCUCAAUUCGUCCACGAACUCCAAUGUUGCUGCCAUGAGUCCUCCUCCAAGCGUAAAGACCUUAACUCGUUCAACUCCACCGAACAUGUUGAGUGGCAGUGGUGGUCAUCAUCAGGGGCAUCAUGGUUCCAGUAAUACUUAUAGUGGGUCUUCAAAAAUCAUGUCGUCCUCAACGCCACCACUCCAUGAUCAUACUCAACAAUAUAAUACAUCCCCAACGAAUCCAUCUUCACAACUUUUGGGGACUUGUCAAAAGUCAACCAUGAACUCAUUCGGUGGUAGUGGUGCUAUGGGUGGUUCAGCUUCCAAGAUUCCUCCUGCUGCGUCCUUGACAACGACGACCACAACACUCUUACAACCAAGUGAUUAUUUGCAGCAUGUGGCCAAACCUCCUUCCUAUUCACUCAAUAAUUACAAUAAGGAUGUUGAUAUUACAAGAAAUCCACACAACUCGGUGCAAUCCUCUCCAACAAGUUUCAUGUCUGCUUCAAGUCCAUCUCUGUAUAGAUUUUCUCCAAAUUAUCCAUUGCCAUCAUCAAGUACGAGCUCUCCACAUCAUCACUACUCACCUCAUCCUCCCAGAAUUAAUUCAAGUCCUUUAUCGUUGACAAGCCCUUCUCCUCUGAGUGGCCUCUAUCAUCCAUCUCCAACUUCACAAUUUCCGCCACUGCCAACACAGAGCUCUCCUUCAUUAUUUUAUGAACAAAACAACGCAUAUGGUGGCGUACGAAAUCCGUCACCUCAUGCGAUUGUGUACAGAGGCGGCAAUGAAGACAUGGAUGGCGUGAAUGCUAGAAAACGAGAGCGAUUGGAUGGAUCUUUUGACGCACAGAAGAAGGUCAAGACAGACUUUAUCGAUGAACCAACACCCAAUAUCAAUCUGCCACCCAUCAUGUACCCAAGUUCUGAUUUUUAA